GUUUACAUCUCAUAGUGGUAAUCAUUUCAGAAGUGUCAUAACUUAAGCCUUAAACACGAAUACAUCGGAUGGAAGAGGAAGCACCAAUAAUUUAUGGCCUUGAUUUUCAGGCUAGGUCGUUAUGCGCCCAAUACGGAGAGACCGAAAUGGUUCGUUUUCUGAUUGGCACACAAUCUCUCAAGUCGGAAAACUCCAUCCACUGUGUUGAAUAUGACGAAGAAUCUGUUUUAGUGAGCAAAUUUGUUUAUCCUCAUCCUCUUGGAGAGAUAUGGCAGACAAAUGCCCAUCCCAACCAAGCAGAUAUAAUCAGCACAGUUCACAAAGGUCAAAAUCAAAAAAUGUCAGCUACCAUUUACAAGAUGAGUCCUGUGCCCACAAAUGGACAGUCUAUCGAUACUCUGGACUCAACAUCCCAUGGCCAGCUCGAAGCCAUAGCAAGUUUGGAAAGCAGAGAUGAAAAAGAGGUAGCCAAAGUUCUGUGGCAACCAAACGAUGGUAAUAAAGUAAUAACAGUCAGUACAGAUAGUCAAAUAACUUUGUGGGAUUUCAGCAAUGAAGGCAAACUGCAGAAUGCAAUAUGUUCAGAGCCACUGUGCAAGACCCAUAACCAAGUAACAGCUGCCAAUUGGUCUCCACAUCAUGGUACCAAUCAAGUAGCUGUAGCCAUGGAAACAAAUCUUCAAGUGGUUGACCUUCGUUCAGUCAACAGAGGAUCUAUUUACAACAUAGAAAAUGCUCACAUUGAGCCUAUUAGAGAUUUAGAUUUCAAUCCUAAUCGCCAAUAUUACAUGACCACAUGUGGUGAUGAUGGAUGUGUUAAGUUCUGGGAUGUACGCAACCUUAGCCGUCCCGUUCUCAACAGGCACGAUCACUAUCACUGGGUAUGGCAAGUACGGUAUAACGUAUUCCACGAUCAAUUGGUGUUAACAGCAGGAAGCGACGCCCGAGUGGUUUUAUCAUCGGCCGCGUCCUUGUCAUCCGAGCCCUUUGGCAAACUCAUGUCUGACGAAAAGGACAACGAUGAAGAUGAUGACGUACGGAGUCCUCUGGCGGACGGAGUAAUCACCGCGUACGAGGAGCACGAAGAUUCCGUUUAUUCGGUAGCCUGGUCCAGCGCCGAUUCGUGGACCUUUGCCUCUCUCUCGUACGGUGGCCGGCUACUGAUUCAUCGCGUUCCACGCUCUUUAAAACACAGCAUCUUAUUCUAAAUGCUACUCCCAACUCCUGGUUUCUCCUCCAGCAUUAAUUUAUGAUUGGUGUCGAAUGGCAGAGAUCGAGGCGAAACAUACAUUACACGUGUAAAAAUGGCA